AUGGACGCGUACGAGGCACGUAAAAAAGAUUGGGAAGAUUUAGAGGUAACCAAGGAGGAGUUGAAGAAUUUAACCGAGUGUCUGAAGAAGGAGGAAUUCCGCAAAUUGUUGAUCGAAUACGCAGAGGAGGUGACUGAUCCGGAGAAUAGGAAGAUUUACGAGAAGGAGAUCACGCAGUUGGAGAAAGAACGGGGCGUCGACGUUACGUUCGUUAACCCAGAACCUGGUUACGUCAUUAAAACAAGCGUAAAUGGAGAGAAGAAAUGUUUCCUGAAUAUCAGUAAAAGCGACAUUGUGGCUCGACCAACCAGCCAACCUUCUUUCGAACAAGGUCAUCGAGGUUUGCAAUGGUCUAUUCCGUAUACGUUGAUACCACCGCGUGACGACCUUGAUAAAAAAAAUGUACGGUGUAUGGUGUUUGACGUGGUCUUUCAUCCGGACACCCUCUACCUUUCCUCAAAGAAUACACAGUUUCGUGAAAUUGUUAAUAACACAGCCAUGGAUGGUGUGGAAAAUAACUUCAAGGUUAAAUUGGACAGAAAGAAUGUCAAGUUUCCAAAGUUGAGUUACAAGGGAGUUUGCCACCCUACAGUGAUCAGAAAACCAUCCAAGGAACCUCCUAAGGAACACAUAGAUAUAGAACCAGAAAUCUAUCAAAAGUUGAUGUCCAGCUAUGAUCAGAGCAGAGAACAGCAACUGAAAUGGGCAGAGGAAAAGCCACAGAGACCUUUGCCAUCUACUACAUACUACAAAGAAAGACUGGAGGAGAAUGAAGACCCAAAUAGCAAAUAUGUUACACCAAAAUUUUCAAUUAAACAUCAGUCUGAUGUAGAGUUGGAAGAUUUUAGUUCUAAUAGAAAUGCAAAUAUGAAUGCUACAAUACCUAAACGAUUGAUCAUUACUAUAGACCUACCCCUACUAAAAACUGCCACUGAUGCUUCCUUAGAUGUUCAAGAACGUUUUCUUAAUGUAAAAAGUGAAAAGCCUGCAAAAUAUUUGCUGGAACUUCCUUUGCCUUAUUGUGUGGAUGCAGACCAUGGCAAUGCCAAGUUUGAUCCAAAAUAUAAAAAAUUAGUUGUGACUCUUCCAGUUAUCCGCUCUGUGGUACCAGUGUCUGAUACCAGAGAAGACAGCGGAGUGGACAGUGACCAUAGCAGUCCUGUACCAAUGCUCUCCAAAGAUACCAUAGGAGAGUCAUUUGAUCACAGUCACAAGAGUAACUCUAUGUCAAAGUUAGUUGAACAGUGUGAAACAGUGCUUGAAACUACAAAACUAGAGGAUAAAAGUGAAAACUCUGAAAAUCUGAGUGACACAGCAUUACGGACUAGUAUAGAGAAUACAGAUACGUUUACUGAUCCUAGCAUUAAGUAUUCUCUACCGACAUUUAUUUCUAAUUUAUACGAAAAUCAAUUAGCAAUUACCAUAAAUGUAAAAAACGUCGAUCCAAAUUCUAUUCGCCAUAAGAUUUUACAAAACAAUUCCGGAGUGCAUGUCUUAUUAACAUCAAUAGGAGCAGGCUUUUAUCCACAGCAUUAUUCGUUAUGUUUAAAAAUAAACGAGGACUCGGUGGAUCCCGAUUCUUUUACGGUUGAUCCGUGGGAUAAUAACGUUGUAUUUUCCAUUAAAUUAACAAACACCGAAAAUUUAGCACGAUACUACGUCGGUGUGACCGAAGAAUUCAUGGAAGAGAAAGAUUUACCCACUGCUCUGUCAUUCCAGAACCGAUUGAAAGAAUUGACGGCAGAAGAAGAUUUUCAAAUAGAUCGAACAAUUGAUGUUCAGGCUGAGGACGACGGUGUCGUUAUAAAUAUCAUUCCAAAUCAAUUGGAUUCCGACGAUGAAGUCGAUCAACAGAGCAUACAAUCUCGAGAAAAUCAAUGUGAUGUAUCAGAAGCCAGAUCUGUUUCAGAAAAUAGCGGAGAUGAAUUGUCAAAUAGCAUCGGUACAAGUACAUUUUCAAAGGGUAUAUUGAAAUCCCGGCGUGCUAAUGUUUUUUCGCGUUCAGUAUCCGAAUCGAGUGCCGACGAAAAUGGAAUGCCCCCAUCGUCCAUCGACUGCCAUUACGGUUCGGCGCAAGAUAUGAAUUCUGAGUCGGAAUGUUCUAGUUUAAAGAAAACAGUACGAUUCAACGAUGUGAUCUCGCGACAGCUGUUCAGAUCUAACUCCAGCAUUCUUGGUCGACGUAAGAAGAACCAACGUAAAUUGCGAAACAAAAAACGCGCUCACGAACGUAGAUUGAGCGAAAGCGAAAACUCUGAGACAGAGGAACGUGAGAAAUAUAAGAUAAAUCAUAAGAACACCGAGUCCUCCGAUACUGUCAAACCUAUACUUAACAAAGAUAAACAAUCGACGAAACAGAAAACUGCCAAUAUCGAGAUAAAGCAAGGGGCUAAUGAUAAUAAUCGUUCCUUGCUGAAAAGGACGUCGAGCGUCGAGGAAGAAAUUGAAAAUGAAAUUCAUUCGGAUAAACAGAUUGAAUCUAAAGAGGCAGUUAAGGCAGAAUUUAAGAACGAUUUGAUAUUCGAUCUCGAUAUGUAGAUUUACCAACGAACUGAAAUGCGUAUGUGAUAUAUAUUUUGAAAUAGGUAUUACUACGGAACAACUCGUAAAGAUGGUUACUAAAAAGCCACAGGGUUUACUUUCAAUUAUGUGAUAAUAUUCUUUUUUUUCUUUUUUUCAAUAAUUAAACAUAAGUGGUUACAAGAUGAAAUCUCAGUCACGAACCGUGAAUCAAUGAAAUUGUACAUUCUUAUUAUUUUAAAUGGCUCGUAGACGUGAGUAAAUAUAGGUUUAGAGAACGUUAAAAGUUUAUAGCACGAUAGCUCAGAAACGUCAAUCUUAUUCUAUUAUAUUUUACCUGAUUUAUUUAUAAAGAUUGCAUAUAAGCAGUCGAUCGAGUGCAGAGAUGGAUGGGAAUCUCUUUAAUAUAUCUCAUACGAUGUAUUGUGUAUUUGAAAAAAUUUCUUAUAGAAAAUCAGAUGGAGGCGAUUUAUGAAAAUUAUUCGUGAAGAAACUUUGCAUAAAAGAUACAACAACACACGCUCUAUUUUAUAGAAUGAAAUUCUUAAAAAAUCAAUUUUUACACACAUUUUAUAGAGAUUAUCGUACGAUCAUUUACCUAGAUUGCACUUAACGAACACAUUCUUCUAAUAAUCGCAAUCAUAUAGUCCGAAUCAUGAUUAGAAAGUGUUGUUUCAUCACGGAGCAAAUUGCGCACUCUUGCUUUUGUAGCGAGGUGUUUGCCAUAUCAAUGUACAGGCAAAACGAUACUAGCGUAUUCCAUGCAACAGAAAAAGGGGGAAUAAAAUGUAAUAAAACGAU